UGCCCUUAGUAGACAAUCUUCAUCUUUCUCUCUUUCUUUUCCAGUUCAUGACUUUCACUGGGACUGCUCAACCCAUAAACCCUAGCAGUAGAAGAAAUGUGGAGAAAAAGAAUCACUUCACUACUAUCAUCUUCACUCCAAAAUGCUCCAAUCAACAAGAUUUCACAACCCAUUUUCACAUCUUUCCAAAAGCCACAAUCUUUACAGUUUUCUCAACACCCCAUUGGAUCCUUGGGUUUGCAGUUUCAAAGAGCUUACAGUCUUUUAAGCCUAAAUGAUUUGCAAGAUAACAAGGGUUCAAGAAAGCAGAAAACCCGAAAAGGAAGAGGUAUCGGGUCGGGUAAAGGAAAAACUGCGGGUCGUGGACAUAAGGGUCAGAAAGCUAGAGGAACAUAUAAGUUCGGGUUUGAAGGUGGACAGACUCCUCUUCGUCGUCGUGUCCCUAAACGCGGGUUUAAGAACCCGUUUAGUCUUGAAUUUCAGCCAGUUGGGUUGGGAAAGAUUGCAAAGCUGAUAAAUGCCGGGAAGAUUGAUUCAUCAGAAUUGAUAACAAUGAAAACUCUAAAGGAUUGUGGUGCAAUAGGGAAGCAAAUAGGAGAUGGAGCCAGAUUGAUGGGGCGCGGAGCUGAACAUAUUCAAUGGCCUAUCCAUCUAGAGGUCUCAAGGGUGACCGCUAGAGCUAAAGCAGCUGUGGAAGCAGCGGGUGGGACUGUAAGGAGAGUGCAUUACAACAAACUUGGGCUGCGGGCCCUACUGAAGCCCGAGUGGUUCGAGAAAAAGGGAAGGUUGCUCCCAAGAGCAGCCAGGCCUCCACCAAAACUGAAGGAUAAAGUGGAUAGCAUCGGGCGGUUACCUGCCCCAACCAAGCCACUUCCUUUUGCAACUGAAGAUGCUGAGGCCAUGUUCGCUGCUCCGGCUUGAUGCUGACUAGUUUUCCUCAUGUUUUAUAGAUCUAGGUUCCAUUGCAACGGAGCCGUUUUUGGCUUCAUAUAGCUUGCCUUACAGCCUUUAUGCUUGGUUUUGAGUGUUCCCCAAUUGCCACAGAUAUUCAGAAAUAAAAUAUUUUCACUUGUUUAA